AUGCUUGCCAAAAUUUUCAUCGCUUUGUUAUUGGUGCAAUUCACUGUCGCUAGGAAGUGUUCGUUUCAGAAAGAUUCGAAGGAUGAAGUGAAAUCGGUGGACUGCAGUGAAGGGUGCGACUUUUGUAGAUACAUUCAAAUAAUAGACACAGUUUCUGGAAAAGCAAUUGACUCUCAGGGAUGCGGUUGUGGGAUCGAGCACAAGACGGUCGUCGCCGGGAUUAACGAUUGUUUGAGCGAAUCAGUGGCUCAAGGAUCGCGAAAUGUCGGCAAAACGACGCCGAUCAAAAUCCGCUAUUUCAACGAUGUUCUGGACUUUUCGAGUCCAAAUUACCCAAAUUUUUACACAAACGAGGGAACCAGAUUAGUGUUGCAUUUGGAAAUGGAGAAGGAUUCUGAGAGGGCGUACGCGUUUCAAUUCGAGCGCUUCGCUUUGGCGCCAAAUGAUUGUCUUUAUUUCUGCGCUAUCAACGAUUCGUCUCUAUGCUUGGCAAAAAUGGAUUCAUUGAAUGCCACGUUGGUGAAGAAAUGUGGGAAUGAAAUGGAUCACAGAAGACCAUCACAUUACUACGAACUAUCAGACACUUUGUACGUUUUCUUUGUCUCGCAGAACACGAGCGUUCCAUACCCCGGAUAUAAUGGAAGGGUCUUUCCGAUAGAUAAGAAAGCCCAAAUUUACAACCAUUGCGAGAAAGUGAACAGUGUCGAUUUGGAUCAUCUCUCCGAAUGGUGGAGCCUCGCCUCGGAUCAUUUUUUCAUCAACACUCCAACGAUUAAUUAUGGAACGCUGAAUGUGAGCUGCCAAAUCAAAUUCACCACUGCCGACAGUACAAAUAUUCGAGUGGCAAUCUACGCUUUUUCUUCUUCACAACCAAUGUUUUUCACGGGCAUCAAGGCAAAUGAGACGGAUCAAACGACAUUUAACUUAACCGGUUCAAAAGAUCCACUCGCAUAUUACUUCAAAAAAGAUCUCACUUUAUCGUUCGAUUUCACCGCUGAUCAGCAGUAUUACUACUAUUUAAUCGUUGAACGAUAUAAUGAGACGUAUUCAUUUGACUCUUGCAACAAUGUGGGCAGCUUUGAUAUGAGUACACGAAGCUCCGUUAGUCUCUCUGCAUUAGAUGACUCAUAUGGAUAUAUGAACAAUUCAAAUUGUGCCUGGAACUUUUACAAUGCGCCAAAGAAUACACAAUUGAUGCUACAAGUGACAACGUAUACGGAAAGAUGUUGCGAUAUUCUGUGGGUGACCGGCACCGCGUUUGAUCCUCUAAAAUUUGAUGGCUACUAUCCAUGGUCUCUCGUCUAUGCAGCACAAAACGAACUCAAACUUUCCUUUUUAACUGACAGCAUUGAAUCGUAUACGCAAAUGAGUGGAUCAGUGACAGCUGUUGAUUGCUCCUGCUCAAACCCACAAAUCACUCUGAAACCGCCAGAGUCGAAGAAUGUCACUUAUGGCUUUAAUGGGACUUUUCCCUAUUGUAGUCCGGCACAGUGCAGUUGGACUGUUAAAAACGAACGCACGACUAUCCUCCAAAUCGAUCCAAACAUUCAACUCCUGAAUGCAGAUUCGUUAAAUGUACAAAAUUCUUGGAAUGCUGUCUUAAAUGUUCGAGCAAAUCAAAGACUUUUUGAUUCAAGUGAUAAUCUCGAAAUCGUUUUUAAUUCAUUAGCCAAAUUCCCAACAAAUAGACCCGAUGAUGUGAAUGCUGGGAUGUCACUUUUUCUUACUUCAAUUCAAUUGAGGAUAACAACUGUCCAGAGAGAUUUAUGCGUUGAUGAAUUCGUGGAUGUUCAUGGGGAUAUGUUGACACAAAAUUUUCAAGCGAUCGUCUAUGAAAUAAGCACGACGAGCUGCAAAAAAUCAAUCAUUGCAAACUUUUUCGACAAUCCACAUGGCUAUUCGGUGAACGUCUACGAUGGAGAGCUAAUCACGGGAACAACGUUGAAAUGGAACAAUUUUGCUGACACUAGUCCAAUGACGAUAUCUUCAAAUUUGAUCACAAUUCGAAUCGUUAGACUAGAUGGAGCAACGAGUUUUCAUGCACUUUUCACAACAAAUCCCGACAUCAUCAUCAAAUCAAACCCAAACACUUGCUUUGGAGCUACUGUCUCGAAUAAUAUCUCAAUUGUUUCCAAUCAAUCACAAACUAUUGUCAUUUAUCAAGCCUCUGGAGCUGUUGGUGGUUAUUUUGGAAUGACUUUUAAGCCGCACGGACAAUUGAAUUAUCAAAUGUUUUAUGGAGCAUCGACGAAAGAUGAGGAUAGAAUUUUUGGUAACGCCACUCAAUGCGACACUUCGGCUGCAAAUCCACCAGAUUUCCUCUUUGGUCAAUAUGUUACGCUGAAAUUUGAAGGCACUCAGAAUGGAAUGAUUGAACAUUAUUGCACUAAUCAAAGCAACUCAUUAUGGGCAACAGCUUUCACCAGUGAAAUCGGCUUGGUGAUGUCACCGAAAUACCUAACUUCAAACGAUCCAUCAGUGAAGAGUUAUGCUUUCAUCAUUCAAUAUUCGGGUACCAGCUCUAAAUCGAUUGCCCUCGAUUUUCUCAACAAAAUCCCGUUAAACGGAAAAUUGACUGUGAUUACGGACGUUGGAAAGAGCCAAAUGGGAACGACG